UGCGAGGAGGGUGAAGGCGUGUGUUCAGGCCUUGUUUCUGGACGUCUCUUGAGGUCUCUUGAGGCCUCUGCAGCUUCUCUACCCUACACACUUAGGGCUUGCCCACUUUCACCGCCAAGGCUCGGGAUGUUCCCUGAGCUUAAUAACUUGCUGAAUGUCAGCCCUGAAAAGCCAGAGCAGGGGACAUUUACUCUACUCUGCGAUGCCAAGACAGACGGAAGCUUCCUUGUGCAUCACUUUCUCUCCUUUUACCUCAAAGCUAACUGUAAGGUUUGCUUUGUGGCCUUUCUGCAGUCCUUCAGUCACUAUAAUAUUGUAGGUCAGAAGCUGGGAGUCAGUCUGAUUGCUGCCCGAGAUCGGGGACAGCUGGUAUUCCUUGAAGGCCUGAAGUCCGCUGUUGAAGUUCUCUUUGGGUCAGAGGAACAGCCAAAUACCCUCAAGAUUAUCAGGGAGUCUGGCUCUGAUCUGAAGUCCUUGUAUGAGUUGGUGCAGAAAGCUCUGAUUCCCUCAGGUGAUGGGGAUGGUGACAUUGCUUCGUGGAAGUUCCCGGUGCUUUUGGUGGAUGAUCUGAGUGUCCUGCUCAGUUUGGGAGUUCAAGCAGUGACUAUUCUGGACUUCAUCCAGUACUGUAGACUCACUGUCUGCUGCCAGUUGAAGGGAAAUGUGGUAGCUUUGGUGCAUGACAGUGACAAGACAGAGGAUGAAGAGAAUGCAUUGCUGGUGAAUGCUCUUGGUCACCAAAGCAGCUUGAUCCUCCGAGCUGAGGGACUGGUCACUGGAUUCUGCAAAGAUGUUCAUGGGCAGUUGAAAAUCCUGCGGAGGGGAUCGCAGCAGCUGAAGGUUGAGCAGACUCGUAGCCUCAUUUACCAAUACAAAAUACAGGACAAGAGUGUGACCUUCUUUGCUAAAGGACUGUCUCCUGCUGUGCUGUGAUGUGAUCUUUAGACUGUGACAUGACGACUCUUCUCAGACUUGAGAGAAAAGGCCAUGUGAGAAAUGGACCUUUCCCAGCUUUGGCUCAAACUAGUCAGACAAGCAUGGCUACUUGCAGACGUGGCUCCUGUAGUCAAAGCCCAGGGCAGGACCACUGUAUAUGUUUCCUGCUUCUCUGAUCCACCACUAUUCUCCAUAGGCAGACCAAGAACAAAUGUAGAAAGCCCUGAAGAAAUAGGGGUCCCAUUGACUCACUGUGGAAAACCGAGCCUAGAUUCUAGUCUUGGGCUUUGGAUACAAACAUACUACACAAUGGGCUGAUCUUGUUGGUGGAUGUGUGUAAUUUCUUUAAUAAAACUUUAAAUAAA